CGCCCUCGUGCGUAGUGUGCACGCGAAGAACAAUGGACAAAAAAAAAGAGUAGCCGUGCAGAAACAAAUUAGAAGAAAGUCAUUUCAAUUUACAUGAUUUCUAUUGAACAUUGAUCAUUUUUCAACCUCGAUUAUUGAUAUUUUACGUUAAAGGUUAUUUGAAACGAUUAAUCUAUUAAUUGGUACAAGUACGAACGAGAAUAUGAAGAAAACAGUAAAGAUUGUUGUUGAUGUAUCUAUGUUUCCAUCUGCCGAGUUAUUAAAUGAACCUCGAGUAAUUGAUCAUAUCUCGAAACAAGUAUACGAUAUUCUAGAAAAAAAAAGACAAAAGGCACGUGAUAGUGCAAUAAUUAAAGCUUGUAAAAAUGCUGUCUCUCUUCUUCUAUCGAAGAAAAAAGGAAUUCCACCAACAAUCUUAUCCGUUUAUUUGCCAAUGAAUAUUAUUGAGUCAUCUGAUGAUACAAUUGUACCUAAUGUUUCAUCUGAUGAAGACAUAUUAGAAACAGGUGUUGGUGAAGAUGAUGACAGUACUCAAAGCGAUCAACUUUCAUCAUCUAAUUCCCAAGGUUCACAUAUUUCUUUUUCUUUUUUUAACAGUAUAAUGACAGCAAAUACAACGUUCGAAUAUCUUUUCGAUUAUUUUAAACAUUCUCUAUCAAUUAAUAAUAAACCGAUGAAUCUUGAAAAGAUCCUAACGGAUGUAUGUAGUUAUGCUUUUCUUGAACUUAAUUAUUCUGUGAACAUUUGCAUGUUAAAAAAAGAAAUAAGUCGUCAAAUAAGUCAGAUAGUGCAAUCAGCACGUAUACGUGCUACCGGUAAAAGUGUUAUCGGAGUUUUACGUACAAAAAAUGUUUUCUCACUUAUUUUCAAAUCUGUCGAUUCUUUGAAUCGACUUGAACCAUUGAUGGGAUUUAUAAGAUAUAAAAAUGAUGAUUAUUUAAGUCCAAGUCUUUUCAUUCGAGAAAAUAAUGGUGAAACUGCUAUUUUUCAAUUUUAUCCAUUUUCAAAUAUAGUUGAGAUAACCAUCAAUGAGAUAUUAGUGAGAAAAGCAUUGUCUUCAUUUGAUCUAGUACGAGCAUUAGAUAUUAGCGCGAUUUCUAAUCUUGUUUCACAAUGUGUUGCGACAUAUGAUUUAAAAUUAAAUUUACCGGUUUUUGAAGAAAUUCUUAAAACAAAAAUAUUGUUUCAACGUAGUACAUUAAAUUCUAAUUAUUUUCUAACUAUGUCUGUAAACGUUGCAGAAAAGGAAGAUCAAAUUAAUAAAGUUAAUGAACAAAGUCAUAUAGAUGAUACUCAUUUCUUCAGUGAAGAAGAAACAGAUGCUAUUAUUGGUCGAACAUAUAGCACCCGGGGUAUUAAACGUUCUUAUGAAGAAGAUCCUAUUUCUGUUGAACCCAAUAAAAACAUACAGAGACGAAAUAAAAUAAUAAAAGAUGAAAGAGACUUAUUACAUCUAAAAGAUACCUAUCAUCUAACGGAUAGUGCUUUUAAUGCUAUUUUUAAGUAUAUUCAAAAAACAGAUGAUAAAAAUAAAGUUAUUGCUUCACGUGGAAAGCUUUCUGGUCAUCUGCAAGAUCUGUUUUUCGUUGAUAGCUUUCCUUACAAAGAAAUUCUAGGUGAUGAAGUUGCAAAAUCUGCUCGAAGUGUUGUGAAUAAAUUUAAAGAACUUCUUAAUGAAGUUAAGCAUAAUUCUGUAAAACGAAAGGGUCAUCUAAAACGUCUAUGUCUAGAAUUUGUAAAAGAAUUUCGUCAAAGUGGUCUUCGUACAACUGUUACUCCAUAUAUUCAUAUAAUUGGAAAUCAUUUAUUUGAAUUCGAUGAAUUCAAUGACCUUGGAGAUUACAAUAUGCAAGGAGU